CUCUCUUCUGCUGAUCGUUUGUUGUUCAGAGUAGCCAGGGAAGAUGCAAGGAGAUGAUGGAGAUCCUUUCAACUCUGGUGGUUCUUUUGGUGGCUUUGGAGGCUCUUUUGGUGGUUCUUUUGGUGGCCCUAACAAUGGUCCUUCGUGUCAGAUAUCUAAUUUUUCAGGAAGAGACUUCAAUGAUGGCUUUGCUGGAUCUCAUGAUGGUCCACCGAUUCAGAUGUCUAGUGUUUUAAGAGGAGAUUUUGUUGAUGGUUUUGGUGUCUCUUUUGGUGAUUACGAUAAUGUUCCUCCGGUUUUGAUGUCUAAUGUUUUAGGAGACUCUGUUGAUGGUUUUGGUGGCCCUAACAAUUAUCCUCCCAGUCUGAUGUCUAACUUUUUCGGAGGAGGAGAUCCAUUUGAUAACUCUUUCUUUGCCCAGCCUUUCAGUGGUGACAUGUUUCAUUCCAGCUUGUUUGGUCAUCCUACCAUGGGUCCUUUACCAGAAAUGCAUACUCCUCCAUCAGGGUUUAUCGAGAAUCAGCUUCACCAGCCACAACAACCGAGGCUAUCAAGUGGACCGAUUAUUGAAGAGAUCACUGAUUUAGAAGAUGAGGAAAAAGGAAAAGGAUAUCAAGAGACGAAAGUAAUCCUAGGGAAACAUGGCAGGUCAAGCAGUGAGGUGGAAACUGAAGAGACUAUAGCUGAAGAGAGAAGAAUCACACAUAUGCAUAACAUGAAUGCAAAUGCUAUGGUUAACAAUGAACAAUGGCAGCCACAAACUCAAGCGAGGAGGAUCACACACAUGGAAAACAUGAACGCAAAUGUCAUGGUGAACAAUGAACAGUGGCAGCCACAAACUCAUGAGAGAAGGGUCACAAACAUGCCAAACAUGAAUGCAAAUGCUAUGGUGGACAAUGAACAAUGGCAGCCACAAACUCAAGAGAGAAGGAUCAUAAACAUGCACAACAUGAAUGCAAUGGUUAACAAUGGACAAUGGAAGCCACAAACUCAAGAGAGAAGGAUCACACCACACAUGCAAAACAUGAAUGCAAAUGCUAUGGUUAACUAUGGACAAUGGCCACCACAAACUCAAGAGAGAAUGAUCAGACACAUGCACAAUAUGCAUGCAAAUGCUAUUGUGAACAGUGAACAGUGGCAGCCACAGACUCAAGGCUAUAUUUUCCAGAGCUCCACUGUUACUUACGGUGGCCAUGACGGAAACUACUACUAUUCGUCCACGACCAGAAGGACAGGAAGUGAUGGGUUAACUCUUGAAGAAAGCAAAGAAGCUAAUACUGCAACACGCGAAGCAGCGCACAGGAUUUCGAGAGGCUUCAAUAACAAGGGCCACACGGUUGAGCGUACACUUAACUCGGAUGGUCGGGUUGAUACAAACCAGAUCUUGCACAAUUUAAACGAAGAUGAAUUGGCUGGUUUUGAUCAGUCUUGGAGUGGCAAUGCUGGAAUGCAAAUGCAGUUACCCUGUCUGUCUGGUUCCUUUGGUAGUGGCUUGGUUAACAGAGAGCAACCAUUAAUGUUGCUUCCUCCGAAUGAUCCAAGCCCUUCUCGUGGAAGAGGAGGGCCUUACAGAAGAAGGAAUGAAAUGGAUUUAAGCAGACGGGGUUUCUAAUGGCUUUUAAGUGAAUGUUACCAAAAGACUAUUGUUUACUUUUCUUAUGUUGCAUGGUUACUGUAACCUCUGUAUGAUGACAUGAUUUGAGGGGUUUAUGAUUAUUGGGUUAUGCAUGUUUUGCUACAUCAUCUUGUUCUUAACUGCUUUUACUCAAGUGAUUAGAUCAAG